ACUGAAGAACAAACAGAGUUGAUUGAAGAUAAUGAGGAGAAAGAAGAAUUGAGUGAAUCUGAGGAGAAAAAUCAUGUCAUAAGUGGAGAAAAACCCAAACCGAAAGAUUUAAAGAAAAGAAGAGCCAAGAAAUCUUUCACCUGCACUCAGUGUGGAAAGAGUUUCACAUACAAACAUCAUCUUGAGCUUCACAUGAGAGUUCAUUCUGGAGAGAAACUGUACACUUGUGAUCAGUGCGGGAAGAGUUUCACACAAUCAUCACACCUUAAGGUACACAUGAACAUCCACACUAGAGAGAAACUGUACACAUGUGAUCAAUGCGGGAAAACAUUUUUGUGGGCUUCAGUCCUGAAGCAGCAUCUGAGAGUUCAUACAAAGGAGAAGCCACAUUCAUGUUAUUUGUGUGGAAAGAGUUUUUCACUUCUACAACAUUUGAAAAUACAUCAGAAAAUACAUACUGGUGUGAGAGACUACAUGUGCUUUGACUGUGAGAAGACUUUUACUACAGCAAAGUGUUUAAAACUUCAUCAGAGGAUCCACACUGGAGAGAAACCUUACAAGUGUUCACACUGUGACAAGAGAUUCAGAGAAUCAGGACAUCUGAAAACACACGAGAUGAUCCACACUGGAGAGAAACCGUACACAUGUGAUCAGUGCGGGAAGAGUUUCACAAUAAAAGGAUACAUUAAGACACACAUGAGAGUUCAUACUGGAGUGAAACCAUUCACUUGUGAUCAAUGUGGAAAGAGUUACUCACACUCAUCAGCCCUUAAGUUACACAUGAACAUCCACACUAGAGAGAAACCAUACACAUGUGAUCAAUGUGACAAAACAUUUUUGAGAGCUUCAUACCUGAAGCAGCACCUGACAGUUCAUACAAAGGAGAAGCCACAUUCAUGUUAUUUCUGUGGAAAGAGUUUUUCACGUCUACAAAGCCUCACUCCCAUCCGGGUCACGGCACCAAUGUAA